GAGAGAGAGAGAGAGAGAACAGACAGACAGAGAGGGGACCAGAAAGGCGACUCCUGAGUUGCGCUGCGGAAGGAGAGAGAGAGAGAUCGAGGCGGCGAGUGGCUGCGGUGAGGGUCUCGGGGCUCAGGGCGACAUCCGCAGCAGCACCGCUCACCUCCCACAGCGACCCGUGGCCACGACAGGUUCUCACCUAAACUUUCAACACUGCAUCACAGGAAGGAGAGCACUUGGAGGUUACAGUAAACGGAACACUGCGAAAGUGGGGAAAAAAUGACGACCAAGAUGUCAGCAAUCGCCAUGUACUAUGCAGAGAAAAACGUGCUUAUCACAGGAGCCACAGGCUUCAUGGGGAAGGUGCUGGUGGAGAAGUUGCUGCGAUCCUGCCCUGACGUCAAAGCCAUCUACAUGCUUGUGAGGCCCAAGACUGGGCAGUCGGUGCAGGAGAGAGUCACCAAAAUGAUGAAGUGCAAGUUGUUUGAUAGGGUAAGAGAAGAUUCCCCAGACUUCCAGAAAAAGAUUAUUCCCAUCAGCAGUGAGCUGACACAGCUGAACCUUGCCAUCAGCGCAGUAGACACCGAACGCCUGCUCUCCUCCAUCAACAUCGUCUUCCACUGUGCAGCCACCAUUCGCUUUGAUGAACCUUUGAAACACGCCCUCCAGCUGAACGUGGUGGCAACACAGCAGCUCCUGGCCCUGGCACGACGGAUGCAGAAUCUUGACGUCUUCAUCCACAUCUCCACUGCAUAUGCAAACUGCAACCGGAGCCACGUAGAAGAGGUCAUCUACCCACCCCCCGUUGAACCCAAAAGACUCAUUGACUCUGUGGAGUGGAUGGAUGAAAGUAUAAUUCGAGACAUUACUCCAAAGCUGCUCGGUGACUGGCCCAACACCUACACUUACACCAAGGCUUUGGCAGAAUACAUUGUGCAUCAAGAAAGUGCCAAUCUGAACAUUGCCAUCAUCAGACCCUCCAUUGUUGGAGCCAGUUGGCAGGAGCCAUUCCCAGGUUGGAUUGACAAUUUCAAUGGACCAAGUGGCCUUUUCAUUGCUGCAGGCAAAGGAAUUCUUCGAACCAUGAGGGCAACCAACAACGCAGUGGCUGACCUCAUCCCUGUUGAUGUUGUGGUUAAUCUGACUCUGACCGCUGGCUGGUAUACAGCAGUUCAGAGACCCAAAAGUAGCCUUAUUUACAACUGUACUACAGGAGCGAUCAACCCAUUUCACUGGGGAGAGAUUGAAUACCAUGUUAUUUCCACCUUUAAGAGGAAUCCCUUGGAGCAAGCCUUCCGGAGGCCCAAUGCAAACAUAACAUCCAAUUACUUGAUCAAUCAAUACUGGAUCACUGUUAGUCACAAAGCCCCUGCUUUACUCUAUGAUGUCUACCUGAAGCUGACAGGCCAAAAGCCAAGAAUGAUGAGGAUCUUCAACAGACUUCACAAAUCCAUGAUGCUACUGGAGUACUUCAGCAGCCAGUCCUGGGUGUGGAGUUCAGACAAUAUGAACUUGCUGAUGAAUUACCUCAGUCCUGAAGAUAAGAAGGGAUUCAAUUUUGAUGUCCGUCAGCUUCACUGGCCAGAAUACAUAGAAAAUUACUGUAUAGGAACAAAAAAGUAUGUGCUGAAUGAAGACAUGUCUGGGUUGCCAGCAGCAAGACAGCACUUAAAAAAGCUACGAAAUAUCCGCUAUGCCUUCAACACCAUCCUCCUUGUCGUCAUCUGGCGCGUUUUCAUUGCCCGAUCCCAGAUGGCUCGUAACAUCUGGUACUUUGUGGUGAGUCUUUGCUACAAGUUUCUAUCCUACUUCAGGGCAUCCAGUACCAUCAGGCACUGAGGCCUGUGGUCCUGCAGUGGGAACGACCUGGACUUCACGAGGCCUGAAACCAAAUGAAAAAACCCAGACAGAGACAUUUUAAAAAGCUGAAACAGAAAAAAACUUUCCAAGCCAUUCCACAGGAAACUGUUUGAUCCUGCAACCACUGCACACUGCCAAUGUUAAAAACCCAGUCCAGCAGGAGGCAUAUUAAACCUUCAGCCAACCCAGCCACGGUGCGAUCUUCUGGUUUCCUAGCCUUAGCAACUGCUUCAGACCGACGAGACUGACAUUCAUUAUCAGUAGUUCUGUGCCCUCGUCAUACAAUACCCCAUUCGGUUUUAUUAACGAUAGCACGGAACGGACUGCAAGUGCCACGGUGAUUUCAGUGCAGUUAUAUUUACAAACUGCUGUUCAUCACACACAGAACUGGUUUCAAUGUACAGCUUCGACAACUUUCAACGCAUUGGACAUAGCUGGUGAAGGCUGCCACCUCUUCCCCUGAUUCUAAAACCACAGAUAAUGUGUGGCUCAAGCUCAGAGGUUUGCUUUCUUGAUAAGAAUUCAUUGGAAACCUUGAAUGGAAAAUUCCUUCCUCACCAAGAGAAAAGUGAAGUAAAAAAAAGAUGACUGGUGUCUGAUUUGAAGACAAUCCACUAAGAAACACCAGACGGGUGCAACGCUGCAUAGAUCACAUCUGACAGUCAGUGUGACCUGCAGGGCCUGUUAUACAUUCAAAUCAGUCAUAGAAAGUUUACAGCGCAGCAGUAGGCCAGUGGAGGGAAAACCAUGUUUCCAGAAAAUACACAAUAUAACUUGGUGCUAAAAUGAAAAGUUUACCAAACAUGAAGCAUAUGCAACUUUUCACCAAAAUGUCUGAAUUUCUUCCUAAUGUUUCAGAAAGGGAGGACUUUUCCAGUUUAACAAAUGCCAAUAAGUAAUGACUGCAGAGCUUGGCGACUGCGAAGCACAAGAUGUUGAUGGAAUAAAAAGGAUUGGCAUGUGAAACUAAAACCACUCAUUAUAUGUUGACCCAAAGUUUUUUUUAAUAUGCUUAGAGUGAGCUAUCUCCACAUGCUUUCACUGUCCUUAAACCAUUUCCAGCAAUAAUAAUAUAUUUUUCAGGUUCCAGGUGGGUUUGUGGUUUAAGAGGGAAUAAAGGCUGCAGGGAAGGACGACUCCUGACUCAUGGACCACCACUCAACGGGCAGGUGUGGUCUAAGCUGAGUUAAGUUGUUUGCCAAUCAUGAUUCAAACCUAUUCUCAAAUCCAGCUAACCAAACCAGAGCUCUUGUCUUCCAACCAGGCUGAGGCAGUACAUACAUACAUAGAUAGAAACCCAUCACCAAUGUCCAUCUUGUCAGCUGGCUCUCAGCAAGAGAUAUACUUGAAGUUUUUUUUUCAGCUGAUUGUCUGAAAUAUUGAAUGCUUGACAGUAUGCUUGACAGUUCCACAUAUGCAAAUUCCCACCUGAAGCAUUAACUCAUUGUAUUUCAAAUGUUGUUUCAUCUUCUGUGAGCUGCCAACAUUCUGUCGGUUAUUUUUUUCCUGCCUCGAGUGAUGUUAAAGUGUCUUCACAUUUGUGGAGGAAAUAGAUACAACCAUUUGUACCCUUA